AUGGCAUCUUCGACCUCACAGCAGUUACACACGGCCUCCCCUGCAGCCUCAAUAGUAGAUCUCUCAAAAAGGCUCUCCAGACCUGCAGGCAAGGGUCGCCAGAGAUCCACCCAAACAGCCCAAGAACCCCCGCCUGAGACUCCUGAGCUACCCGAACCGCCAAGUCGAGACUCCAUCAAGUACACACAUCCAGUGCCCCGAAUACUAUCCAGUGGAGACCAUGAAGCGUUCUUGUCCUCGCCUACAUAUAACUUAAUCCUCGCGUUUAUCUUCAACCUGUCCGACAGCGUUAGGUUCAAGCCCUUAUCCGCCAUCAAAAAGCAACCCUCCUCCCCCAUCAUCGUUAAAAUCCUCAACGUACUCGCCUCCAUAGAAGCCCUUGUCGAGAAGAACCCGUCCCUCGACCAGAAUGGCUCCCGAUUUGGCAAUCCCGCCUUCCGCUCGCUCUUCGAUGACGUAGCAGCCCAGAGCCCACUCUGGCAGCAAGAUAUAAUCAGCACCACCGACGGCGGUCAUGAUCAUGACGAUGGUGGUGGUGAUGAUGAUGAUGCAACAAUGUCCGCAGCAGUGGACGAGCUAUCGAAAUAUCUAGUGAACUCACUGGGCUCCCGCGACCGCCUCGAUUACGGCUCCGGCCACGAGUUGAAUUUCGUCAUGUGGCUGCUCUGCCUGUACCAGCUCGGCCUCCUCGAGCGCGACGACUUCCCAGUCCUCGUACUCCGAGUCUUCGUCCGGUACAUGUAUCUCCUGCGCCGGAUCCAGGCGACCUAUUACCUUGAGCCUGCCGGCUCGCAUGGCGUGUGGGGGCUGGACGACUACCAUUUCCUGCCCUUCAUGUUUGGUGCUGCACAGCUCGUCCGCCACCCUUAUAUCACACCGCUAGGCAUCCAUAAUAAGGCCAUCUUGGACGAAGAAGGGGAUGACUGGAUAUAUCUGGAGCAGGUCCGAUGGGUCGACAGUGUUAAAACUGUCAAGGGCCUGCGCUGGCACAGCCCCAUGCUGGACGAUAUCUCCGGCGCCAAAAACUGGCAGAAGGUCGAGGCAGGGAUGAAGAAGAUGUUUGUCAAGGAGGUUCUGGGGAAAUUGCCGAUUAUGCAGCACUUCAUGUUUGGCGGGCUGAUUCCGGCUGUGCCGGGAAUGGGGGAGAGGAAGGAUGAUUCGGGGCAGGCAUCGGAUGAUAGACUCGGGAAUGGUCAUGGUCAUAAGCAUGAUUAUUCCAAGGGGGGGACGGAUUAUUGGGGUGAUUGCUGUGGUAUCAAAGUCCCAAGUGCAGUUGCUGCUGGGGAAGAAGUGCGGAAAAGAAAUGGUGGGUCUACGCUGCGACCUAUCCCUUUUGAUUAA